AUGAUAGUUGACCACCUAUCCUGUUACGUGGAGUUAGUACCUCUGCCUGAUAAGCGAGCAGAAACUAUUGCCACUGCAUUCAUUGACAAUUUUGUUACAGUGUAUGGGCCACCACUGGAGUUGCAGGCAGAUGGGGGAGCAGACUUUUAUAACAACCUCUUGACUUCUGUUUGCCGUGAACUCCAGGCAAAAUUUAAGUUGAUACUGCCGUACAAUCCUCAAGCAAACGGCAUGGUAGAGAGAACAAAUAGAGUGGUAAAGGAAGCUCUGACUGCUCUUUGUGACCAGGCUGCUUAUUACUGGGAUGAUGUUCUUCCUCAGGUGAGGUUUGCUCUAAAUACUUGUAUACACAGCUCUGUAAUGGACCAGCCAUUACAUUUGUUCCAGGGUCACCCAAUUGAUGUGCCCAUAGGACUGACUAUGAAAUCGGUCUACGAUUAUGCCGCACCACAUAUCUUGCGGCAUAGACUGCAGUUAGCCUGGACUGCUGCUCAGGAAGCAUGCAGGAAAGCUCGAAUGGGUUGGACCAGGGAUUACGAUCGGAAGGUCAGGAAGCAUCUGUCUUUGAAGGAAGGAUCAUUGAUUCUCGCAAAGGUAUACAGGCGAUCAAAUACGCUGUCGCCCCGUUGUGAAGGCCCAGCUCGUGUUGUCAAGAAACUAGGGCCUGUUGUAUUCCUGGUAAGGAAUCUGUAUGGAGAAGCUCGUGAGCGUAGAGUUCAUACUAAUUACAUGAAGCCCUAUUAUCCACCCCAGGAAUUGCAUCUGCCACACGAGGCUGUAGAUGACGAAACAGAUCAUCUGGAAGCAGAGGACCCCUUUGCUGUUUGGGCUAUUUCUGUUGCAGCAUUAUUGUCGUGGAUGUCUUGA